AUGGAGGAGCAGAUCGGAACCAAGGCAGCCGACGUGGGCUACAUCGCCUCUUAUUUGCUUGCCACCCUUGGGGGCAACUCCUCUCCUAGCGCCAAAGACAUUAAGAAGAUACUAGACAGCGUGGGCAUCGAGGCGGAUGAUGACCUGCUCAACAAGGCCAUCAGUGAGCUGAAUGGAAAAAACAUUGAGGAUGUCAUCGCCCAGGGUGCUGGCAAACUUGCCAGUGUGCCUGCUGGUGAGGCUGUGGCUGUUUCUGCUGCCCCUGGCUCUGCAGCUCCUGCUGCUGGUUCUGCAGAGGAGAAGGAGUCUGAGGAGUCAGAUGAUGACAUGGGAUUUGGCUUGUUUGAUUAAAUUCCUGCUCCCCUGCAAAUAAAGCCUUUUUAUGUAAAA